AUAAGCGAGAGAGGGAAAUGUAGAGAAAUAGACAGUAGCAGUAAAAAACACUAAACAACAACUAGAAGAAGAGAAUACAUUUUAGUACAGAGAGAGAGAGAAACUAUUUUUUUCCUUCAUUUUACCAGACAGAGAUAUUCAUUUGUACAAGAAGUUUCUCUAAACUCAGAAAGAAAACAAGAAUCGGAUCUGAUAUUUUUAAAGAGAGAACGAGCGUAUCUUUCUGAAAUGCAGACAUUGAUCAAUGAUUGAAGCAUCAUCGUCAAGUCCUCCUCCUAGGGUUUUAUUGUUCAAUUUGUUAUUUAAUCAAGGAGGAUUUACUCAACAACAACAAGACGAAGAAGAAGAAGGAGGAGUUGGAAUAAUGGAUUUAUCUAAAGUUGGUGAAAAGAUACUUAGUUCAGUUCGAUCUGCUAGAUCUUUAGGGAUUUUACCUCUUUCUUCUGAUCGACCUGAGGUUCCAGCUCGGGCAGUUGCGGCAGCUGCUGUAGCUCGAGCUAUUGCAUCACUUCCUCCUCAUCAAAGACACUCACUGCCAUCAGGUUCCGACGAAUUGGUUUCAAUUUAUGGAAGUAGACCCCGGGGUGAAAUAGUAGAGGAGAUAGAAGAAGAGUUCUAUGAAGAGGAGUUCGAUCCAGUUAAACAUGUUCUUGAUCAUAUUCCUUCUGAAGAAAAGGAUUUGACAUAUUUUGAGAGCAAGGCUACGCUUCGAUUAGCACAACUGGAUAGGAUAUCAGAACGGUUGUCACGUCAUGUUAUGGAGCAUUAUGAAGAGAUGGUUAAGGGGAUGCAUCUGGUGAGGGAACUAGAGCAAGAUUUGAAAGUUGCGAAUGUCAUUUGCAUGAAUGGAAGGAGACAUAUAACUUCUUCAUUAAACGAGGUAUCACGGGAUUUAGUUGUCACUUCAAAAGCCAAAAAGAAACAAGCUCUCUUGGACUUGAUCCCGAUUCUAACUGAAUUGCAUCACGCAACUGAAAUGCAAAUGUCACUUGAAAGGCAUGUUGAGGAAGGAAAUUAUUUUAAGGCAUUUCAGGUCCUAUCAGAGUAUUUACAGGUUUUGGAUAGUCUGUCGGAGCUCUCAGCUGUACAAGAAAUGAGCCGUAAUGUAGAGGUUUGGCUAGCAAAGACACUUCAAAAGCUAGACUCACUCCUAUUAGGUGUUUGCCAGGACUUCAAGGAGGAGAACUAUCUAACGGUGGUUGAUGCUUAUGCAUUAAUAGGGGACAUUACUGGUCUUGCCGAAAAAAUACAGAGUUUCUUUAUGCAGGAAAUUCUCUCCGAAACUCAGUCAGUGUUAAAGAAUAUUAUACAGGAGGAUCAAGGGUUACUGCAUAUGCAAAAGAGUAGAACAUACAGCGAUCUCUGCCUCCAGAUUCCGGAAUCCAAGUUUAGGGAGUGCCUAUUAAGAACCCUGGGUAGCCUCUAUAAGUUGAUGUGCUCAUAUUACUUAAUCAUGGGCUUUCAGCCUGAUGGAAUGGAUUCAGAAUGUCGGACUUCCGAUACAACACAGAAUUCCAGUGCCAUAACUGGGUCCCCAAAAGGGGUUCCUCAUGUUGAUUCAAUAUCAAAAGUUUUGAGCAACUCUGGUUCAGAAAAUGGUUAUUUACCUCAAUCUGCUGAAAGAAUGCCAAUUUUAAUCUCAGCAACUGAAUCUGCAACAAGUAAAUCGUCUCUGAGUGGAUCUACUGGAGGCAAUGCGUCCACUUCGUCAAAUUCUCAAAAUCCAGAUUCUGAAACACGGGAUGGCAGUAGCGCAACAUCAAGUAGUGGAUCUUCAUGGGAUCAUUUGAGGAAGGAUGCCAUAGUAUUCGUUUCACAAACACUACAUAGAGGGCGAAAGAACCUUUGGCAACUUACCACUAGUCGCAUAUCCGUAUUGCUUUCCUCUUCUGCGGUUUGUUCAUCAAGUGUACACCAAUUCUUGAGAAAUUAUGAAGAUCUGAAUGUAUUCAUCUUGGCUGGAGAGGCUUUUUGUGGGGUUGAAGCAAUUGAGUUCAGACAAAGAUUGAAGACUGUUUGUGAAAAUCAUUUUGCAGCUUUUCAUCGCCAAAAUAUAUACGCACUAAAAAUGGUUCUAGAGAAGGAGACAUGGCUGAAAAUACCACCAGACACAGUACAGAUAAUUAGUUUUGCUGGCCUUGUUGGUGAUGGAGCACCUAUAAUUGCUCCAUCUGAUGGUAAAUCUUCCAAGAUCCGGGUUCUCCAUUCUCGAAAGCUACCCGACCCAGUUCAAAAUGUCAACCAGAAGAAUGGAUUUGCACAGUGGGUUAAAACAGGAAAUCCAUUUUUGCUGAAGCUGACUCCUGGCUCCAAAGAGUCUCCUCUCUCCUCACCGUUGAGCGAGUCUGGAGAAAAUGACAAUUUGCACUUUCAGAAUGAUGAAUUGUCUCCAAGGAAGAGCGAUGCAAAUGAUAAGAACAAGACUAGUUCUGUUUCAGAAGAUGAAAAUGAAGAUCUUCAUGCUGACUUUAUUGACGAGGAUAGUCAGCUUCCAAGUCGGAUCUCUAAGCCCAGUCACUCAAGAAACCACUCUUCUCAUUGUAAUGAUGAAGAUAUUACAGCACAAACUGGUUCCUCACUUAGUCUGCUGAGGUUAAUGGACAAAUAUGCAAGGCUCAUGCAGAAAUUGGAAAUAGUGAACAUCGAGUUCUUUAGGGGAAUAUGCCAGUUGUUUGAAGUGUUUUUCCAUUAUGUAUUUGAAGCAUUUUGCCAAAGAGACACUUAUCCAUCUGGAAAAGGCUCAACAGAUCCUCUCAAUCCCCGCUUGAAGACAGCCUUGUCUAGGAUAGCCCAAGAUUGUGAUCAGUGGCUAAAACCCCAGUCUGCAUCAUUUUCUUCAUCUUCACCCACAUCUGAUGUGACACCUACUAGUCCUCCCAGCCAUACACCGAGUGUUACCAUUGGACUCAAGGAAAGGUGUGCAGGAGUGGAAACCGUUCAUCUUGUUGCUCGGGUGUUGCAAAGAUCUAAGGCUCAUCUUCAGUCAAUGCUUUUACAGAACAAUGCAGCUGCAGUUGAGGAUUUCUAUGUGAAUUUGGUUGGAUGUGUACCAGAUCUUACAAAUCACAUUCAUAGGACAACUGCAAGGUUGCUGCUACAUAUCAAUGGGUAUGUGGAUAGAAUUGCCAAUUCAAAAUGGGAGGUGAAAGAGCUAGGACUAGAGCAUAAUGGGUAUGUUGAUUUAUUGCUGGGAGAAUUCAAGCAUUAUAAAACAAGGCUGGCUCAUGGUGGAAUUCACAAGGAGGUUCAAGAUCUCCUUUUGGCAUUUGGGCUUGAAAAUGUUGCGGAAACCCUUAUUGAAGGUCUAUCAAGAGUAAAAAGGUGUACACCUGAGGGGCGAGCAUUGAUGUCAUUAGACCUUCAGGUCUUAAUUAAUGGACUAAAACAUUUUGUCUCUUUUGAUGUGAGGCCGAAGGUGCAAAUUGUUGAAACUUUUAUCAAGGCUUACUACCUUCCAGAAACAGAAUAUGUUCACUGGGCACGCGCUCAUCCGGAAUACAGUAAAAAUCAAAUAGCAGGGCUUGUCAACUUAGUUGCGUCGACAAAUAGCUGGAAAAGAAAAACGAGGUUGGAGGUGCUAGAAAAAAUUGAAGCAGGAAGUAUGUAAUUUAGUCCAGUGUAUGGUCUCAGUCAGCCGUAUAUAGUCUCUAAUUGCUUUUUCUUUAACUAGCAAGGUUUCAAGUUUUUUCCUUCAUUUUUCGCGUCACGUCUUGUAUUUUUGCUGUGUAAUUUGGAUAGUAGAAAAGUUCUAUCCCCAAAUCCAUAUAAAUAUAAACUGAAUGGACAUUCGAGGUUUGUAUAGCUUCCGGUGUACUGAUAUACUACAAUUCAUUUUGAUAUCACAUAUGAACUUUCAAAGUCCAGUAAAGGAAUAUGAUAAUAAUAUAUAUACGUAGUUGAAUGAA